AUGGUUGGAUUUAGGGGUAAAAAUUUUGGUAGGAGGAAUUGCGCGAAUAUCCACGACGUGUACGCAAACGCACUAAAAUUGACCAAAUCCAGCCAAAUUCCACAGGAUUCCAACAGUAAAUCUAAUAUUUCACCCGAGCCUCCCGAAUUACAAGAGAAUUUACAACAUUCAGAGCCUAAUUUAGGUGAUUUAGAGCCGAAUUUACAACAUUUUGAGUCUAAAUUUGACGAAAAUGUGUCCGAUUCUGACGUCACAGAUGAAGUAAAGACAUUAAAAGUCCGAAUGUAUUUGUGGCAUUUUAACCAAUGUGACGUUAAACGUUGUACGGGUAAAAGGCUGUUAAGAUUUGGCCUUGUAAAGGAGUUACCAAUGACGCAAAGGUUCUCUGGGAUAAUUCUAACUCCCCUGGCAACCACUUUAUUCUCCCUAAGUGACGCUGAAAUUGUCAAAAACAAAGGCAUCGCAGUCAUCGAUUGCUCCUGGAAUAAAAUCACACAAACACCACUCAACUCCUUUCAAACACGGAAUGGCCGGAUAUUGCCGUUUUUGGUGGCUGGAAAUCCAACGCAUUUUGGGAAACCAUUUGAGUUAUCCUGCGCUGAAGCACUAGCUUCAGCUCUCUACAUCGCACGAAUGGCGGAUAGUGCGGAGAGAGUGUUAUCGGUGUUUAAUUGGGGACAUGUGUUUCUAGAGUUAAAUCGAGCGGCUUUCGAGUUAUAUUCCUCAAAAGGCUUUACGAGUGAAGACAUGUUAAGGUUACAGGAGGAGUAUUUACAGGAGCAAAAAACACAGUCCCAGGAACAGAAAUCACUCAACUCCAUAGACUACCAACAUAUCUCAGAUAAUAUCACUUAAUAUUCUUAAUAAACUGUA